GCAUUCUAUUCUAGAUAAAAUUAUUAUACGCAUGCAAGAGAAAGAGGGAGAGAGAUAGAUAGGAAAAAAGAGAAAUUCAUCGGCGGAGAACUGCGCCGCGCGUGAUCAGCAUCCGAGGCAUGUAAUUUAGCGUGCAGCCGUCAGUUUUAUCGGAGCAGUUCUCGAGAGCGUGUCGAUUAUACACCAGUCGCACUCGCCUGAGAAACAAAACACGGAUUCUCCCUUUGAAGUCUAUCUCUCUCUCUUAUAACCUUUUUCUGUAUUAAAAUUUCCGCGGGUUGUCUUGUAAAAGCAUGUGGACGCGUUGAAAACUAUUUAUAAACGACACGAUGCUGAAAACUCUGGCAAAAUUCGCUGUGAAAGACGGUCAAAUUAAAUCGAUUUUAGCAGGUAUUCAAUCUUCGUCAUGUAGUAAACAGCAGCGGCGAUUCCUCAAUGUCCACGAGAACCAGGCGUAUACUUUGUUGAAGUCGAUGGGAAUACCGACGCCGAAGUUCGGAGUAGCCAAAACACCGGAGGAAGCUGCGGAAAUCGCCAGGGAACUCGAUUCCAAGGAUCUGGUGCUGAAGGCUCAGGUUCUCGCCGGAGGCAGAGGGAAGGGAAAAUUCAGCGGUAGCAAUGUCAGCGGCGUUGUUAUGUGUGAAACGCCUGAAGAAGCGAAGGAACUGGCUUCAAAAAUGCUGGGAAAGUACCUCGUGACGAAGCAGACCGGUGAGGUCGGUCGUAUCUGCAACGAGGUGAUGAUCACCACAAGGAUGUUCACGCGGAAAGAGCUUUAUCUAUCGGUCAUGAUGGAGCGCAGCUUCGACGGACCAGUAAUCAUAGCCUCGAGCGAAGGCGGCGUCAACAUCGAGGACAUCGCGGCAACUAACCCAGAGGCAAUCUCAUACACACCAGUUGACAUAAGAAAAGGUCUGACGUGUGAGCAAGCGGAUGCGAUCGCCUGUAGAUUCGGUGUAGGUGAUCCUCGGGUCCUUUCCGAGAUUGUGUGUAAUCUGUACGAACUGUUUAUCGAAAAGGAUGCCUUAUUGUUGGAGAUCAAUCCGCUCGUACAGGAUAUCUGCGGACAGUAUUUCGCCCUGGACUGCAAAUGCAACUUCGACGACAGCGCGAGUUUUCGACAGAAAGAUUUGUUUGCGCUGCAGGACUGGAGCCAGAAAAAUCCUAUGGAGGUCAAGGCUGACAAAAUUGGACUAAACUACAUAGCGUUGGAUGGAAACAUUGGUUGUAUGGUCAAUGGAGCUGGCUUGGCUAUGGCUACAAUGGAUAUAAUUAAACUCUAUGGUGGAGAACCCGCGAAUUUCUUGGAUGUAGGCGGGGGAGCUUCUGUGAAGACUGUCACGGAAGCUUUCAAAAUCAUAUCAUCAGAUCCCAAGGUGGAAUCAAUUUUCGUAAACAUAUUCGGAGGCAUCAUACGCUGCGACGUGAUAGCCGAAGGCAUUAUCGCGGCGUUCCAAGACUUAAAGUUGAACGUCCCAGUCAUCGUGAGACUUCAGGGCACAAACGCCGAAAAAGGCAAGAAGCUGAUAAUGGACGCAAAGCUGAAAAUAAUUCCCAUCGAUGACAUGUCGGCGGCGGCCGAGGCUUCGGUAUCGGUAGCAGAUAUCUGUCGCCUGGCGCGGAAUCUCAAUCUCGACAUUGAGCUGACUCCCAAGUCGACGCAGAAAAGCGUCUGCUUGCUUGUUCACUGCCAGCGCGCUACACGCCUCGACAGCAAGAUGGCCACCAUGUUGUCGCGGACGACCGUCAGCCUUGCGGAGUCUCUCAGCCGAUUGAACGGCUCGAAGAUCUUGGCCUGCACCAGCAGCCUCAACAAACAGCCCGUCAGGAAUCUCAAUGUCCACGAACACAUCAGCUACAGCAUCCUCAAUGAGGCAGGAAUUCCUACACCCAAGUUUGGCGUUGCCAAGACACCUGAUGAAGCUGCCAAGCUUGCUACCGACUUGAACACCAAGGAUAUCGUGCUGAAAGCUCAGGUUCUCGCUGGUGGCCGUGGCAAGGGCCACUUCAAGGGCGGCAAUGUCAGUGGUGUCAAGAUGUGCGAAACUCCAGAAGAGGCAAAGCAACUGGCAAGCCAGAUGCUGGGCAAGCUGCUGGUGACCAAACAGACCGGUGAGGCCGGCAGGAUAUGCAACGCUGUGAUGGUAACGCAGAGGAUGUUCCCUCGCAAGGAGUACUAUCUGGCAGUGAUGAUGGAGCGCGCGUUCGGUGGUCCAGUAAUCAUUGCCUCGAGCCAAGGUGGUGUCAAUAUCGAAGAGGUCGCGGCGACAAACCCACAGGCCAUCAUGUACGAGCCCAUUGACAUCAACAAAGGCAUCACCAAGGAUCAGGCUGACAGGAUCGCUGUCAAGCUGGGACUGGAGAACGUCAAGGAAUACAUCUCCAAGAUGAUCAUGAACAUGUACAGUCUGUUUGUCAAGAAAGACGCCCUGCUGCUCGAGGUCAAUCCUUUGGCUGAGGACAUCAACGGCGAAUAUUUCGCCCUGGAUUGCAAAUGCAGGUUCGACGACAACGCCGAGUUCCGUCAGAAGGACCUGUUCGCGCUGCGCGACUGGACGCAAGAAGACCCGAAAGAAGUGGAGGCCGCCAAGUUCGAGCUGAAUUACAUCGCUUUGGACGGUAACAUCGGCUGCAUGGUCAACGGUGCUGGCUUAGCUAUGGCUACUAUGGACAUCAUCAAGCUGCACGGAGGCGAACCCGCUAACUUCCUCGACGUCGGUGGCGGUGCCACUGCGUCGGCUGUGAAGGAGGCUUUCAAAAUCAUCACCUCCGACUCGAAGGUUCAUGCGCUUCUGGUAAAUAUCUUCGGAGGUAUCAUGAGGUGCGACGUUAUUGCUGAGGGUAUUAUUGCUGCGACGAAGGAGCUUGACCUCAAAAUACCCGUUGUUGUUAGACUACAGGGAACCAACGUCGAUGAGGCCAAAGCUCUGAUCGCCAACGCGGGUCUGAAGAUCGUGCCGGUCGACGAUCUCGACGAGGCAGCCCGUAUCGCGGUCAAACUCUCCACCAUCGUCAAGCUUGCCCAGUCCGCGAAUCUGAGCGUCAACUUCGAAAUCCCUCAGAUAUCCUAAGCGAAUUCGUGUCCUAGUUGAAAAAGAAGAAAAAAAAAAUGAGUUUAAAUUUUAAGGCAACACACACAUACAUGCAAGUUAUGAAAGAACGAAGAUCAACACACACCAGCUAACAAUAUUCGGUGAUAACUAAAAGGAAAGAAUGCGAGAGCGGCUCUUGUUUCAGAGAGCCUCAACACGCGUUUCAAUGUCACGACCCAGGAAACGAUGUACUACCGCGACGCUAAUGAUGUUCGUCAAUGAAUCGUGCGCAAUUCGUCGUUGAGAUUGUGAAUAAACCGGUUUUCGUUACUCGUGCAGUAGCCGCAAAGUUGAUGCGGUAGACAGUCUCCUACGGAUGGAUAAUUUUUUUUUUCUAACGCAUAUUAAUCUGCUCGGUACUGUGUACCUCUGCGAGCUUACUCUUGUGGUUCUUGAACGAGAAAAUGAGAAUCGGAUUUGCGCAUAGUUCGUGGAGCGACUCUUUCCCGGGUUUAACUUGUUCCAGAUAUGUUUGUCUAUUUAAACGCGUUUCUAUUGAAAGUGUUUUUUGGCGCCGCUCGCACGCCGAAAUAUUAAUAUUAAAUGACAAAAAAAAAAAUGAGGCGCGAUCAACGCUGCCGCAAAGUUGAAUAUUAAAUAUUUAUUAAUCUUAAAGAAAGAAAAAUAAAAACAACAACGCUAUUGUUCGUCGUAUAAACUUGUAUUGCGCGAGUCAAACUGCUUUGAGCACUUGAAUUUUUCUCUCUCAUGAAGAUCCUCUUGUAUAACAUGCCAGGCACAAAAGCGUUGUAACUUUAGGUAACUUAUUUCGAUGUAAUCGGUCUUUUCGCCUUGAAUAUUAAUGUUUUUUUUCGAGAGGGAUUUUAAAGUGAGCGCUUCAGUAUUAAGGGAUGGUUUGAGUGUUGAAAAAUAAGAAAACAAAAACGAUUGCUAAAACUGACUUAAAAAUUAAAAAUGAUUCGCAUCGCGAGCAUAUAUUCGCGUCUCCGAGGAUGUAAUGAAUCGCGAGAGCGACGCAUAUGUACGGUGAAAAGAAGCGAAGGAAAAAACGAAGCAUUGUAAUCCUAAACCAUAAUUAAUGCGUUUCAGUGAGCCUGUCUAAUGUAAUAUAUAUACAUAGUUAUAUAUACAUACAUAAAUUAUUUUACAUAA